AUGAACAACUACAUGACAACUCGCCUGCCCACAGUGGAAUGCUGUGGUUGCUCUGAAAGGCAUGGCGAACAUUGUCCGACUGAAGGAUGUCUUCGAAAGUGUAGAGGAAACUAUUGUGUUGUCGACUUCGACGGCAUUGAGCAGGGAUGCGGUCUAGGAUUCCCCCGUUUGCAGUCGUUCUUGAGGAUGGAUAACUAUCUGGAUCACCAAGGAUCAUUGAUUUGCGCGAGGUAUGAAGCGACACCUGGAACAGUGAUGAAUGGAUGCACGUGUACGCAACCGUCUGGAUCCUGCAACGAACUGAAUAAAACGAGGCAUUUUCAGGUGAAAAAAGUAAUUGAACGGCGGCUAGACGACCAAAACUACUGCUACAGUCUCAAUCACAAAUCGAGCAAACCGUUCGGACAAGAAGUUUUUAAAAAGUCUACGACUUGUGAGGGCCAGUUCUGCUUCAUUUCCUUGACAACGUCAGAAAUCGUUCUUGAAAGCGCUGACUUCAAGCGUGAUUAUGCAGAACAUGAUGAAUUCAUCGGUACGACAAGACCCCGAUACGAACUUUUGGCAGGCUGUCUGAAAGUUGACGACGACCAAAAGAUUACCGUGGGAUGCACAACAGAAUACUUGAAAAAUGCCAGCGAUCCACUCAGCAAGCACUGCGUAUGCGACAGCCAUCUUUGUAAUUUCCACCACUUAGUUAGCGGUAAAGAAGACACGAGGCCCAGAGCGACAAAGAAACAGCAGGAUGAAGGCGAACGCGGUCAGAAUACGGUACCCCGCACAUCAUCUCACCCUAUUCUCAGCAAAAUCUCAUACAGCUCCUCCCGCAUUAUGGCCAUUUUGACACUAGUCAUUCUGGCUGCGUAA